GAUACUAAUCAUACCCCUCAUGCACAUUAUCAAAUUGAAUCAUCAAUUAUUAUUUUAUUAUAAGAUAAGAAAAAACUGAAACAAAAAAAAAAUCAUUAAACUAUCUUUGCCAAUAACACAAAAAAAGAUAUGCCAUCUUCACCACCAAAUGUGUCACAAAAAUGGCCAAAAUACUCAAUCCUAAUCCAAAAUACCCUUUCAGAGCUAAAAUUGCAAAGAGGAAUAUUACUUCCUUUGAUUGCUAUGAACUUUACAUGGUUUGCAAAAACAGCCAUUACCACUGCAUUUCUUGGUAGGCUUGGAGAUGUUUAUUUAGCUGGAGGUACACUUGGUUUUACAUUUGCAAAUGUAACCGGUUUUUCGAUCUUGAAUGGCCUUUGUGGUGCCAUGGAACCAAUUUGUGGACAAGCUUUUGGGGCUAAAAAUUAUAAACUUCUUCAUAAAACACUUGUUAUGACUACUUUGUUUUUACUAUUAACAAGUCUGCCUAUUUCUUUCUUAUGGCUAAAUGUUGAUAGGAUCUUAAUUCACUUUGGCCAACAAGAAGAUAUUUCAAUUAUAGCCAAAAGUUAUCUAAUUUACCUCCUCCCUGAUUUAGUUGUUACCUCUUUUUUAUGCCCUUUAAAGGCUUAUUUAAGUACACAAAAUGUUACUAUCCCAAUUAUGUUAAGCUCAACUUUAGCAAUUGCUUGUCAUGUACCAAUAACCAUGUUGUUAUCAAGAAGUAAAGGGAUUAUAGGAGUGUCAAUGUCAAAUUGGAUAACGAACUUCUUGAUUAUGUUAUUGUUGGCUAUUUAUGUUGUGAUCGCGGAGAAUAGUAAAGGGGGGAAAUGGAAAGAAGGAGGAUGGUGUGAACAAGGAUAUCGCGAUUGGAUCAGAUUGCUUAAGUUAUGUGGACCAUGUUGUCUUACUACAUGUCUUGAAUGGUGGUGUUAUGAAAUUUUGGUUUUGUUAACAGGGCAUUUACCAAAUGCUAAACAAGCUAUUGGUGUUAUAGCCAUUGUGUUGAACUUUGAUUAUUUGCUUUUCUCUGUUAUGCUUUCGUUAUCAACUAGUGCAUCUAUUCGUGUGUCUAAUGAGCUUGGUGCAGAUAGUCCUGGCCUUGCGUAUCGUGCAGCCUAUGUAUCGUUAGCUAUGAGCAUUGUCUCGGGGUUUGUUGGUGGCUCUGUUAUGGCAGGGGCAAGGGGUGUUUGGGGGCCAUUGUUUAGCCAUGAUAAAGGGAUAAUAAGUGGUGUUAAGAAGAUUAUGUUGAUAAUGGCAUUGCUUGAAGUUGUUAAUUUCCCUUUAGCAGUUUGUGGAGGUAUCGUUCGAGGAACAGCUAGGCCAUGGCUAGGGACAUAUGCAAAUAUAUUUGGAUUUUAUCUAUUGGCAUUGCCAUUAGGUGUGGUUUUGGCAUUCAAGAUUCAUGUUGGUUUGGCUGGAUUGUUGACAGGGUUUGUUGUUGGUGUAGCUUGUUGUUUGGCCUUGUUGUUGGUGUUUAUUGCUAGGAUUGAUUGGGUUCAAGAAGCUAAGAAAGCACAACUACUUUCUUGUAAUCUUGAAGAAAUUGCUAAUGAUGAUGAGACAAGUUAAAACUUCACAAGUUAUUACUGAGUAGGACUCGUGAGUCGGGACUAUAGUCUUGUUUCACCUACAAUCAGAGGCGGAUCUAGAACAGAGUUGGAGUUCAGGUUCAAUUUAUUAGUUCAAUUAAACAUGUUUGCUUUUGACUCGAACUAUGUAUACAUAUGUAAAAAAAUGUUUAUCUUACUCCUCUUGAAUUCAUAGCUACCUACAAUUAUUGUUUGACGAAACAAUGUGAAGGAAAAACAAUUCACAAAAAAAAUACCAACUGUUAGUAUAUUUCUAGUAA